UUGCAGAGAGUGGAAUAACAGUAAUGAUUCAGACAAGCGUGCAGCGGCUAACAGAAUCAGAAAUUCGUCUACGACUCAUAUUUGAUCUGCCAGUUACAUAUCCAUCCAGCCUACCAAAUGUAUCUGUCAGCUCGGAAGAACUUACCAGGGUGCAGUGUAAAGAGCUCAGAGACAAAUUACUUGGCCAAGCUGGCCGGCAUCUCUCAGAACCGAUGAUACAUGACUUGGUCCUGUGGGCGCAACAGAAUCUUAACACUCUAAUUGGGGAUUCCAUUUCGGAUGAAAACCACCCUCUGUCAGCAGAGACUGUGACUGACGAGGGUACCUGGACGAUGCUUUUACAUUUAGAUCACAUGAGAGCAAAGGAAAGAUAUGUCAGGACAGUAGAAAAAUGGACUGCUGAUUUGAACUUGACUGGAAAACUGAUGUUCAUGGGCAAAAUAAUUCUAAUUCUUUUGCAAGGAGACAGGAGUAGUAUUCGGGAAUAUAUGGUCCUCCAGAAAAGCUGUAAAGUGGACGUGGACUCCAGUGGAAAGAAAUGUAAAGAGAAAAUGAUUAGCGUUUUAUGUGAAGUGAAAUUACCACUAGACCAAAAGAGACUUUCUACAUUUGAAGUGAAGGUUUAUCCAUCGGUUAGUGACUUAGAAAGAGAAUUUGAAACAGUCGGACUCUCAACAGUUUUCACAGAUUAUGUCCGAGGUAUUUUAUAAACACUGAGUCUGAGAAAAUGAGUCUGAUUACACUGACCAGGCAGAAAAGAAAGAAUAUCCAUAUCUGAAAUGUUAGCAUGGCUGCACAGAUUUUGAUGAAGACGUUUCAUUGGAGUUCUGAUACCCCUUGUUUCUCUUGUAAUUUCACAUGAAAGCUUAUUCAAAUUUGAAAUUGCAUGGCAGAAGGUUAACUGUACAUGACAGGGUAUACUUUGUUGUCUGCACCAUACAUGUUCUCAUAUUUUUCCAGAUGUGUCAUCUUUUAUUAAAAUUAUGCUUGGAUACAUGAAACACUUUGUCAAGAGAUUUACUUAUCAUCUGCGGGGACAGCUCUGCUCAUUUAAAAGAUUUGUUUGAUGUACAGUAUUCUUUAAAGCUAAAUUCCAGAAUAAGCAAAUAUCGGUGGA